AGCAGCAGCAGCAGACAGGCGGUCGGGCAGGGCAGCAAACAGACCGCAGAGAACGAUCCAGCAAGGAGGGGACACCGUCAGAGAGGAGGAGGAGGGAGAGACCGUCACACACCAAGACAGGCGGCGCUGACAAUACUGCACGGGUACCGUCGUGACUGCGGCUGUCGGCAGCACGGAGAGACGUUGAGGGGCAGCGUGUCCAUCCCCUGUAUGUUUAGAAACAGCCCGUCGUCACAAUGACAGCAGAGGAAACCAUAAAUGUGAAGGAGGUGGAGAUCAUCAAGGUGAUCCUGGACUUCCUCAACUCCAGGAAGUUGCACAUCAGCAUGCUCGCUCUGGAAAAGGAGAGCGGGGUCAUCAAUGGGCUCUACUCAGACGACAUGCUCUUCCUCAGGCAGCUGGUGCUCGACGGGCAGUGGGAUGAGGUCCUGCAGUUCAUUCAGCCUUUGGAGUGCAUGGACAAGUUUGACAGAAAAAGGUUUCGCUACAUCAUCCUCAAACAGAAGUUUCUGGAGGCUCUGUGCGUGAAUAACGCCAUGUCUGCAGAAGAUGAGCCACAGCAUCUGGAAUUCACCAUGCAGGAAGCUGUCAAAUGCCUCCAUGCCCUGGAGGAGUUCUGUCCAUCUAAAGAUGACUACAGCAAGCUGUGUCUGCUCCUCACACUCCCUCGCCUCACAAACCAUGCUGAAUUCAAGGACUGGAAUCCGAGCACAGCUAGAGUUCAGUGUUUUGAGGAGGCCUGCACCAUGGUGGCGGAGUUCAUCCCUGCAGACAGGAAGCUGAGUGAGGCUGGAUUCAAGGCCAGCAGGGAUCGACUAUUUCAGCUGCUUCUCAAGGGAGUCCUCUAUGAGUGCUGUGUGGAGUUCUGCCAGAGCAAGGCCACAGGCGAGGAAAUCACAGAGAGCGAGGUCCUCCUGGGUGUCGAUAUGCUGUGCGGUAAUGGCUGUGACGACCUGGACCUCUCUCUGCUCUCCUGGAUGCAGAACCUCGCCCAGAGCGUCUUCUCCUGCGCCUUCGAACAGAAGCAGCUCAACAUCCACGUAGACCGCUUGGUCAAGCCUGCUAAGACCGGCUACGCCGACCUCCUCACCCCACUCAUCAGCAAACUGUCACCCUACCCUUCCUCCCCACUUCGCCGCCCGCAGUCCGCUGACACCUACAUGUCACGCUCCUUGAAUCCAGCGUUGGACGGGUUGUCCUACGGGCUGUCCGGCCAGGAUAAGAGAGCAAGCGCUGGGGAGAUAGCACCGGGUAAAGGGGUCUCUCCGAUGUCCCACUCAUUUGCCAACUUUCACUAUCCCGGAGCAGGAGGGCAGAGCUUGAGCAGGAGUCUCAUGAUGGAGAGCUCUGACUGCCACAGCAUCUUUGAGGAAUCCCCCGAAACGUCAAGGACAGACACACCUGUGGAUAAGAUGUUGGGCUCAGGUGGAGCCCAGAAUACGCGUCCCGCGUCAGCACCGGGCGAGGACGCGCCAUCAGCUGGCUCAGCUGACAGGAAUGAGCUUCGCGACUCAACAGAGAAGUAUGAGGAGUAUUAUCGCCAGCGGCUCCGCGUCCAGCAGCACCUGGAGCAGAAGCAGCAGCAGAGGCAGAUGUACCAGCAGAUGCUGCUGGAGGGGGGCGUCCAGCAGGAGCCCCCACCCAGCGACAUGCAGCACAGCCUCACGGAGAAAUUCCUCAACAGGUCUAUCCAGAAGCUGGAAGAGCUCAAUGUGGGGAUGGAGAACUUAGGAGAGGAGGUGAAGUCUCUGGCACAGCAGUGUAAUGGCAACGGGAACACGCCUGCCUCCGAGGACAAUAACAACCCUCCAUCUGUAAGCCCCGAGCAGAGCCGGACCCGAGGGGGAGGGGUGCUCAGCAGCACCCCGCAACGUGCUGUAGGGGGUCGGGCGGUCCUGCCUCCAAAUGAGUCCCCUGUUGUCUCAGCGAGUGGGCAGAAACUAAAAGGAGGUCCACAAGGUGACUCUCCAGGCUCUUUAUCCCGAAUUAAAGAGGGUGACAAACCAAAAAGCCUGUUUGUACCAGUGCACUCUUUGGAAGACACUCAGGCUAUUCGAGCUGUUGCCUUUCACCCAUCUGGAACUCUGUACGCUGUGGGAUCCAACUCCAAAACGCUACGUGUGUGCGCUUAUCCAGAGACACUUGAUACGAGUGGCUCAAGUCCAACGAAGCAGCCGGUCGUUCGCUUUAAGAGGAACAAACACCACAAAGGAUCCAUCUACUGCGUGGCCUGGAGCCACUGUGGGCAGCUGCUGGCUACAGGCUCCAAUGACAAAUAUGUCAAAGUCCUACCUUUCAGUGCAGAGACGUGCAACGCCACAGGCCCAGAUCUGGAGUUUAGCAUGCAUGAUGGUACCAUAAGAGACCUGGCCUUCAUGGAGGGUCCUGAAAGUGGAGGAGCCAUCUUGAUUAGUGCCGGGGCCGGAGACUGUAACAUCUACACCACAGACUGUCAGAGAGGACAGGGUCUGCACGCCCUCAGUGGACAUACAGGACACAUCCUGUCUCUGUACACGUGGGGCGGUUGGAUGAUCGCCUCCGGCUCUCAAGACAAGACGGUGCGUUUCUGGGACCUCAGGGUGCCGAGCUGUGUGCGGGUAGUGGGAACUGCUUUCCAUGGCUCAGGCAGUCCUGUUGCCUCGGUAGCAGUUGAUCCUAGUGGCCGUCUCCUAGCAACCGGACAGGAAGAUAGCGCAUGCAUGCUGUAUGACAUCAGAGGAGGACGCAUCGUUCAGGUGUACCGGCCGCACACCAGUGAUGUUCGGUCCGUUAGGUUUUCCCCUGGCGCACACUACCUGCUCACCGGCUCCUAUGACACAAAGGUCAUGGUCACCAACCUCCAAGGUGACCUGACCAAACAGCUGCCCCUGACCGUGGUGGGAGAGCACGGCGACAAGGUGAUCCAGUGUCGAUGGCACACACAAGACCUGUCCUUCCUCUCAUCCUCUGCUGAUCGCACUGUCACACUCUGGACACACAAUCCAUAACACACACGCACGCACGCAUGCACAUACACACACACAGCCAGUUGUUUGUAUCUGAAAGAGACACAUUCCCUUAAAAUAUUACCACUAACACUGUUGCACCCUUACACACACACAUGCAGGUAGAAAAACUGGUGAACAAGGCUUUCCCUCCUGUCUGUAGUAAACCAAAUGGGGACACAUCAGAAGCACACUUGUUGCAUGUUCUCUUUUCUUGGAAACCAUAUUGAGGAGUAAACCUGCAGGAUUCUUCAUUGAUCUCAUUCAUCCUGUAAUCCACGUGGUGUCACCCUACAUUUUUGCUGUCUGCACACACCAAUCAGUUGCUGCAUGUCUGUUUUUCUAAAGAGUAGGCGAGACAGGAGUGCUUUGUUCAUGAUGGUGCCUUCCUUCCUCAGUUUCCAUUCCAAAAAAAACA